AGGUGGGAGUCCGGCGUUCACUACUAUUUCAAAACCGGACUCCUGAAGACCUGUUGCAGUUCAGCAGGUGAAACCGUUGGCGAAUUUGCCCGCCUGGAGUUACAUAGUGCGGUUCCGGUUAAAAGUUAAAGUGAGUGCUGAAGUGCCUCAAAACACAGCAAGAUGUUGCCUUUCUUCGAGAAGCUCAGUUUUCUGUAUCAGCCCUACGUCCUGGCAAUAGUCUCCAUAGGCUAUGUCUUAGGUGAACUUGGCCACUACCUAAUUGGCGUCACCUCGAAAGUCAUUGCUAUGGACCUCCACUUCGGCGACAUCGCUUGUCAAUUCAACAGCACCGAAUUCUCUCUAAGCGACCUCCCCGCCACCUGUGAUACGGCCAACAGUUCCGAAAUCUGCUUAUCUUAUAACAUCAAUGGUACUCCUUACUGUGAAUGGAACUACAAUGGACUGGGAAUAGACUACCAGAUUUUAGCCGGGCCAACUUUUAUGGUCGUUUUCACUGUUGUGGGCGUCAUACUCGGAAUCGCUGCAGAUAAAUACAACAGAGUACGCAUUUUGGCCAUUUGCACCAUCGUUUUUUCUAUUGCUAUCAUUCUCUGUGGGGGAGUCACAGAAUACUGGCAAUUGGUCUUGUUAAGGAUGAUCAUGGCGGCUGGGGAAUCUGGCUGUAAUCCUCUGGCAACUGGAUUACUUUCGGAUAUAUUUCCGGAAAAACAACGAGCGUUGGCUAUGUCGAUUUUCAACUGGGGGAUCUAUGGGGGCUAUGGUAUUGCAUUUCCCGUGGGGCGAUAUGUGCCUCCACUCAAUGCCUGGGGUUUGGGGUGGAGAGUCACUUAUUACGGGACUGGAAUUGUUGCUUUGAUUGUGGGAGUGUUAACUUGGUUCACGCUGAAAGAACCUCCAAGACAGUCAAUUGGAGAAGAUGCUGAUCAUGACCCAAAUGCGAAAAAAAUCACUAUUUGGACGAUUAUUCUUGAUCCUAGGAUAAUCAUGCUGUGUUUGGCUGCUAGUCUGAGACACUGUGGUGGCAUGUGUUUCGCAUACAACUGCGAUCUGUAUUAUCAACAAUACUUCCCAGAGUAUGAUUUAGGAUGGUGGUUGUUUGCUGUCACUAUUAUUGUUGGGAGUAUUGGGGUAGUAGUUGGUGGAAUCGUUUCAGACGUUUUCGUUGCCAAAAUGGGAAUCCGAUCAAGAGUUAUGGUACUUGCCAUAAGUCAAAUCAUUGCCACACCUGGAGCCUUCGGUAGUGUUUAUUUCAAUCCGACUUGGGCUAUGAUUUUCUUAGGACUUUCUUACUUUUUCGCUGAAAUGUGGUUCGGAAUUCUUUUCGCAAUUUUGGUCGAAAUAGUGCCUUUGCAUGUGCGAUCUACUACUGUUGGAGUCUUUCUCUUCGUCAUGAAUAACAUUGGAGGAAACUUACCUAUUGUUGUCGAACCUGUCUCCAAAGCCAUAGGAUACAGAGAAAGUCUUUACAUUUUCUACGCCGGUUUUUACGGAAUAAGUUCCAUUAUGUUCCUCCUCACAAUUUUCAUAAUGGAUGGUCCCAAACCACAACCAGAAGCCACCGCUCCUAAAGAUGGGGGUCAUGACAAUAACAUUUUCACAACGGCUGAUGAAACAAACCUACCAACAAUAACAUCAAUGGUUGCCAACACAAAAAAUAAUAUUCACGAAACGAGCCGACUUUGAAGAAAUAUUUGACUGACUAGGAUGGGAUAAAUCUUAGGCCGUAUUAUAAUUAUAGGCCAUUAAGCUCUCUACGAUAGAAAGCUAUUAAUUAUUAAGUAUUAUUAGAUUAUGUGCGUGUGCUUGAUUAGCAUAACGAUUUUGUGUUUCAUAAACACAUGAGGGACGUACAAAGAUUGUUAAGCAUUGUAUUUUUGUUGCAUGAAUUUACAAAUAAAUAAAUAGAACAAA